AUGAUGUCCACUGCUGUUCAUUCUGAUACAUUCCGAAAUCAGCACGCAUUUUGUGAAAAUCGUGUGAGUGCAUUUACUGUAUCAGACAAUAGACAGCUUGUUUCAAGCAGUUCACUAAUUUAUGAAGAUGUUACCGAAGAAGUGUGCUUAAAAAUGUGCAGCGAGAACAGAGAUAAUAGUGGUCGAACAAUAUUGUGUGCAUCAUUUGUUUAUGAUCAUGCAACUUUUGUCUGCAAGAUUUAUCGGUCAAGAAGCUAUCCAGAAAGUGACUUGGAAACAGAAGUUGCUCCAGGCAAACGUUUCUUCGAGAAAUUUUGCCUCAGAGAGAAAGUACCCGCUGAAUGUGCAAAUAGUCAGUUCCUGAAAGCUGACCAAUCAGUAAUUAUUGGUUAUGCUAGAAACGUCUCUGCUGCAACAUCAGUUGAAGAAUGUAUCGCCCAGUGCCUUAAUGAAAAUUUUCAGUGCAGAUCUGUGAUGUACUUUUAUGCGGAGGGCGAGUGCAUAACAAAUACAGAAUCAGCAAUGACUCAGCCAAAUUCGUAUGCUCGCGAAGAGAGCGACAAGGUGAUUUACAUACAAAAUGGUUGCCCAGCAGUCUUAGCACGACAAAAACAGUUGGGGAGUUUAGUCUCGUCAGGUACAGAAUUACCCCUCAAAACAAUUGGUGGGAGUGAUAAAGAUGUUAUUUAUGAGUCUGAAGCAGUGAGUACAGUAGCCAUGUCUGAAGAGAACAAUGCUGAGAUAAACAAUAAAAGUGAAAAUGAUGAAGCAAGGAUUUCUGAAUCCAAUGUGAAAACCGAUUCACUCAGGACAGAAAAAGCCCUAAGACAAGAAAAAAGCAGAAAGGAACGUUUUGAUGAACAAAGCCUGAGAAAUCGACAAGGAAGAAUAUCAAAAACAUACAUGGGGAGAUCGAGUUCCACUGAGGAAGAAGCUUUUCCUGAAAUUUCAAAGCUUCAUGAGCGAAAGAUGACAAAGUUAGUAUUCAAUGCUGGUUCAGAAAGUAAAGAAGAAUUUACAUUAGAAGCAAGUAAAGACAACUCUUUCGAAGAAAAUUCACCGUUGGAGGUAAGGCCUUCAACGUUCCAGAUUGAGAAUCACUAUGGUGAGAGGGAGAAUUCAGGAGCGACAAUUCAAGGGAAAGCAAAAGCUUUUGCACUACCACAAAAGCCAAUCAAAAGACUUAAAAUAGAAACAUUAAAUGCACUUGAAGAGGAAGAUCACUUCUCUCAAUGGAGCCAAUGGUCCGAAUGCAAGAAAGCUGGAGAAAGGAGCAUCAGACGUCGUAAGUGCUAUAAUCUGCGGAAAUGUGUAGGAGGUUUGAUGGAAGUUAUGAAGUGCCCUAAAAUUUUGCAAGAUGUAGAACCCAAAUAUAGAGGUGGUCAUGAAACACAAACGAUAUAUGGUAAAGAACCAGCAUCAGCAUCAUCACUGUUAACGCAAGGAGCAGCAGGACCUCCACUUCGCCCAUCACUAACAUCUUUAGGAUUACCUUUUGUGAUAAAUGAUAACACUGGUAAUGGUGCUGACAUAGCAGAUGAUAUCUUAUUCAACUCAGAGCAAUCGAUGUCUAGUAAUCAAUACAAGAAAAAAACUAGUGAGGAAAUCUGGUCGCCUUGGCCGGGUGUUUGCCAGGUAAAUGAUUCAGUAUUUGAAAUCAGUAUAUUCGAUCAAAUGGCAAAAAGCUGUGACCAAUUACCAAGAUGUGGAUAA